AUGAUAAUGCUGUUUGCAAACUCGAAAAUACUAUGGGGUCUGUGGCAAGUGGUGACUUAUUGUACGUCGCGGACGACUCUACCACUGUUGAUUGUGGCCGGCGUAGCGUUUCUGGUGAUGCAGCUUAUGAGUCUAGUGCGCGAGAGCCGCAAGCUUCCCCCGGGGCCGUGGGGGCCACCCAUUGUCGGCUACCUUCCGUUCGUGGGGGUUCGCCACAAGACGUUCUUGGAGCUCGCCCGUUGCUAUGGUGCUUUGUUCUCUGCGCGUCUUGGAAACCAGCUGACUGUGGUGUUAAGUGAUUAUAAAUUGAUUAGAGAAGCUUUCCGCCGUGAAGAGUUUACUGGACGUCCCAGUACACCAUUGAUGCAUACUCUAGAUGGACUCGGUAUCAUUAACAGUGAGGGUCGCCUCUGGAAAAAUCAACGCCGAUUUCUGCACGAGAAACUGCGUGAAUUCGGUAUGACAUACAUGGGAAAUGGAAAGAAAAUUAUGGAAGAAAGAAUUAAGACUGAAGUUCAAGAGCUGAUGAUCAAUCUACAUUGUGCUGAUGGCGUACCGAUUGAUGCGAAUCCUCUGUUUGCUCUCGGUGUGUCGAAUGUCAUUUGCGGAAUUACUAUGUCCGUGCGGUUUAGCCAUGGGGACGCUCGCUUUGAAAGACUCAACCAUUUGAUCGAUGAAGGCAUGAGGCUAUUCGGCGAAAUCCACUACGGAGAAUACAUUCCACUGUACAAUUAUCUCCCUGGAAAAGCUCAAGUCCAAGAGAAGGUGGCAAAGAACCGCGAAGAAAUGUUCUCGUUUUAUCAAACCUUGAUAGAUGAGCAUCGUAGUACUCUUGACGUGAAUAAGGCGAGAGAUCUCAUUGAUGUUUAUCUUAUUGAGAUUGAAAAGGCUAAACUUGAAGGUCGCGAAGGAGAAUUAUUUGAGGGAAGAGAUCACGAAUUGCAACUGAAACAAAUUCUCGGGGACCUUUUCUCUGCCGGUAUGGAGACGAUAAAAUCCUCCCUAUUGUGGAUGAUUGUUUUCAUGAUAAGAAACCCCGACGUUAAGAGGCGAGUCCAGGAGGAGCUUGACGUUGUCGUCGGUCGCGACCGUCUUCCGACAAUAGAAGAUAUGCCCGGUCUUGUUUACACGGAAACCACUAUUUUAGAAACACUGCGAAUGUCGAGCAUCGUUCCACUGGCCACGACCCACUCUCCAACUAAAGACGUCAACCUCAACGGAUACAGAAUUCCGGCCGGCUCUCAAGUGGUACCGCUGAUCAACUGUGUUCACAUGGAUCCCAAUCUAUGGGAUGAGCCAAAUAAGUUCAACCCGAGCAGGUUCAUCGAUGACAACGGUAAAAUAAGACGACCUGAAUACUUCAUGCCCUUUGGCGUCGGACGGCGAAUGUGCUUAGGCGACGUUCUCGCUAGGAUGGAGAUGUUUAUGUUCUUCGCGAGUAUGAUGCACCAGUUCGACGUUCAAAUGGAACCUGGGGAUGCUCUUCCUUCCUUAGAAGGUACGGUGGGUGCUACAAUCGCACCGCAGGCAUUCCGCGUUAAGUUCGUCCCGCGCACCCCGCCCGCGCCGGCCCCGCCAGCGGCCAGUCAGCCGGACCACGCGCACCUUCGCCACGUCGGGUCACACUAA